AUGUCUUCACUUGUUGUCGUCGUGGUCGCUCUCUCGGCCAUCCUUCGUGGUCAUGCCCAUCGUGUGCGAGAUCCAGCAUUCCUUGCCAGCUUCCUGCACCCUCCGCCGGACAGUACUGCCAUCUCCCUCUCAUCCACAGCAAAGACAGCGCUGAGAGGGACACCCCAGACGUCCUCCAACGCGAGAUCUCUGGCAGAUCCGAUCUCGGUACGACUCUCAGGGUGUCACUGCCCGGGAGGCCUGCCGCGCUACGAGUGACUGUGUCUGUGUGUGUCUGUGUAUGCUCAGGUGCCUGCUGACCGUGGCCGUGAUGAUCCUCAGCCACACGAAGCUGAGCCUUUGGUGAGGGGUUGGAAGCGCCCCGCCCCUAACCGAAUCUUACUCAGCAAGGAGCACAUCGAGCGCAUUAACGAGGCUUUUCGCGAGCCCGAGAAGUUCAGCGGUGGUCUCGUGUCACUCAAGGCCAAUCUCUACGGCGAGUUCGUGUGGCGUUUACUUAGCCAGCUGGAGUUUAGAACGGAGGGUCGGGUCCGGACGAAAGGCAAUAUCACGUACAAGCUCUGCGAGUAUGGUUUGCGCGACCCAAACAAGGACGGAUUCUCUAUGAAGAUAUCGGAGUGCGAUGACUUCUUGUGUCGUGCGGGGGCGAGAAGGUGCUGUUUAUCAUCAUGACAGGGGGUCCUCUGAACGGCUGGCGGCACGAGCAGGCCCUGCUGAAGCGGCUGGUGGCUGACGGACUAGUUCACGGCUUUGUGACGGACGGCUCGACCUGGGUUGUCGUCAACAUCGAUUAUCACGACGAGGAGAAGCGGCUGUAUUUCGAGGCCGAGAAGCUGUUGUUUCUGCCGGCUGACCCGCAGCGUGUGAUGGACCAUAUUGUGGAUGUGAUUGAGAAACAGAGGAGAGGCGAUGCGAAUUGAAAUGUGUAUCACGAAACGGGAAAGACUCCGUCGGGGGAGCCUUGUUUGGUUUACACGAGUAAUGUCGAGAGGCUACGGAAGCUAGUAAUGGAUACGACAGAGUGAUUUUCUCGGGAGAUUUUUUCUGUAUGUGCAUGUGCAUGUCGAGUAAGUUUGUGUUUCUCCGUGUCACUCACUCCCUGCGUGUGUGUAUCGUGUGUUUAUCUGUGUGAGAUCCAACGCGUACAUCCGCCGUGUUGUGUCCGUCUGUCGCUGUCUGUCUGUCUGUCUGUCUCUCUGUCUGUCUCUCUGCCGUGUGUGGCUUGUACGUGUUGAUAGACAUAUACAUAGCUGAUGCGGGUGUGAUACUUGAAGGCUGACCAAUCGGGCAAUUGAAUGUCAU